AUGAACAGAAACAAUAGACUAUUGGAAUAUGCUGUCCAGGCAAAGUUUGUAAGCAUUUUCAAGGAGUUACUUGCUGCAGCUCACACGAGUCUCCUUUAUCGUGUCUUGGCAGAAGCAAAGGAGAGUGAUGAAGACAGUCAAUGUUGUAGACAACUCGAUAUUCUCUUCCAUGAUCAUGAUUUGCCUCUUUUUGGGUUUGAGCUUGUGAUAUCUGCUACUCAAAAUGU